UCUCAUUUUGUGGAAGAUUAUGCAAAAUACCAUUAUAAUUUACCCCAACUGCGACGGAGAUUAAUUUCUUUUCUUUUUUUCAUUCUCGUUCGGCGCAACACAGCGCCGAGUUUGGUCUCUUGAAACUUUGCUCAUCAAGAUUGAUAAACCCUAGUGGGAAGCGGAUCAGUAAGAUGGAUGAUAUACAUUUGGUUGACCCAAUGGUGAAUCAAGAGAUGGACGAGAUCGGAGUAGCAGAGCCAUGUGUUGGGAUGGAGUUCGAUUCUGAGAAAGAAGCCAAAUCUUUCUACGACGAGUACGCCAGGCAGCUCUCUUUCACUUCCAAGCUCCUUUCCCUUCCCACCGAUUCCUCUUCUUCUUCUGCUCGGCAAUUCGUAUGUAGUAGUAGUAGUAGCACCAGCAAAAGGUCGAGACGAAGGCCUGCCGAAAUCUGCGAUGCUAUGCUUAGGAUAGAGCUCAAGGCUCACAAAUGGGUCGUCACCAAGUUCGUUAAAGAGCAUAGCCACGGCUUAGCCACUCCCAACACGCUCCACUGUCUUCGCCCUCGCAGGCAUUUCGCGACCUCUAACGUGCCUAGUGGUAUGAUGUAUGUUUCCAUGGACGGCGGGAGUCGUGCUGCUUCUAACUCUAAGGAUCCCAAGAGAACGCUAGGACGUGACGCGCAUAACCUCUUGGAGUAUUUCAACAGGAUGCAGGCCGAGAAUCCUGGUUUCUUCUACGCCGUUCAGCUCGAUGAUGAUGAUAAUAAUAAUAAUCAGAUGACUAAUGUCUUCUGGGCUGAUUCGAGGUCUAGGAUUGCUUAUUCCCGCUUCGGCGACACGGUUACGCUAGAUACGAGGUACAAAUCCAGUCAAUUUCUUGUUCCUUUUGCGCCCUUUACUGGCGUGAAUCAUCAUGGCCAGGCUGUACUUUUCGGCUGUGCGCUGAUUCUUGACGACUCAGAGGCUUCCUUCAUCUGGCUCUUCAAGACUUUUCUAACCGCCAUGAGAGAUCACCCUCCCGUCUCUUUGGUGACUGAUCAAGAUAGAGCCAUUCAGAUCGCUGCUUCUCAGGUUUUUCCUGGUGCUCGUCACUGUAUUAAUAAGUGGGAUGUGCUUAGAGAAGGUCAGGAUAAGCUGGCUCAUGUCUCUCUCGCCUAUCCUAGCUUUCAGGUGGAGCUUUACAAUUGUAUCAACUUCACUGAAACCGUAGAGGAGUUCGAAUCGUCUUGGAGUUCCAUCGUUGACAAGUAUGACUUAGGAAGACAUGAAUGGCUUUCUUCUUUAUAUAACGCUCGAGCUCAGUGGGUACCUGUUUAUUUCCGAGACUCCUUUUUUGCUGCACUCUUCCCUACUACACAAGGCUCUUUUUUUGAUGGGUAUGUGAAUCAGCAGACAACUCUUCCCAUCUUCUUUAGGCUCUACGAAAGGGCUAUGGAGAGCUGGUUUGAGAUGGAGAUUGAAGCUGAUCAUGACACUGCCAACACGCCUCCAAUCUUGAAGACUCCAUCACCCAUGGAGAGCCAGGCUGCAAAUCUGUAUACACGGAGAAUCUUUGAAAAGUUUCAGGCAGAGUUGGUGGAGACGUUUGCUUACACUGCAAACAGAAUCGAUGAUGAUGGUACCAGCACCACAUUCAGGGUUGCGAAAUUUGAAAAUGACAACAAAGCUUAUAUGGUGUCGUUUUGCUACCCGGAGAUGAGAGCAAGCUGCAGCUGUCAGAUGUUUGAGCAUUCCGGGAUACUCUGUCGACACGUUCUGACAGUGUUUACCGUCACAAAUAUACUCACCUUGCCACCGCAUUAUAUUCUGGGAAGGUGGACCAGAAAUGCCAAGAGCGUUGUGGAGAUGGAUGAGCGUGUUAGCGAUGAUGGCUUGUUACACCGUUACAACCACUUAUGUCGCGAGGCCAUUAAGUAUGCUGAGGAAGGUGCAGUUACACCUGAGACUUAUAAUAUUGCUUUAGGAGCACUCAGAGAAGGUGGAAAGAAGGUUUCAGCUGUCAGGAAAAGCGUUGGCAGAGCUGCACCUCCUAGCUCACACGGUGGUGAUGCAAAGACCUCACUAUCAGCAUCUGACUCAACCCCUCUGCUGUGGCCUCGUCAUGAUGAAAUGACACGCAGAUUUAAUCUUAACGAUGGUGGGGCCAGAGCUCAGUCUGUUGCUGAUUUGAAUCUGCCGCGUAUGGCACCGAUAUCCCUUCACCGAGAUGAUGGUGCUCCUGAGAAUAUGGUAGCUCUUCCUUGUCUUAAGUCAAUGACUUGGGGGAUGGAGAGUAAGAAUACAAUCCCGGGUGGUAGAGUUGCAGUUAUCAAUUUAAAGUUGCACGAUUACAGAAAGUUUCCCUCGGCAGAUAUGGAGGUCAAGUUUCAGCUGUCUAGCGUUACACUUGAACCUAUGUUAAGGUCUAUGGCUUACAUCAGCGAACAACUCUCAGCUCCAGCGAAUAGAGUAGCUGUCAUCAAUUUGAAGCUGCAAGACACUGAGACAACAACAGGAGAAUCAGAGGUCAAAUUUCAGGUGUCCAGGGAUACACUAGGGGCAAUGUUGAGAUCAAUGGCUUAUAUCCGUGAGCAGCUCUCUAUUGUUGGAGAGCUACAGACAGAACCACAAGGGAAGAAGCAACGCAAGUGAAAGAGAGAAGCAACCACGGAAAUUUUUUUAAAAAAAAAUUGUAAACGUAGGAAGGAAGAUCCCUCAUUAGGAUUCGUGUGUUCAAUCUUUGUGAUUGAUGUUGUACGUUACAAUGUGUAAUAUGUGCAAGUGUGGAGAAACAGGUGGGGGCAUUGAGUCUUGAUUCAGGGCAGGCUUUGAAUUGUAUAUAUAUCCUUUUUUCAGACA